CCCCUAGCAAAGCCCGGAGCCGGCUACUACUUCCCGCUCCGAGAAUUCGGGUGCCCCACGUCAAGCAGCCCCCAGACCCCCCCCCGGGCGGGGUCCGAGCGCAGGUAUAUACUAGUUGAGAUUCAGCCAUGGAGAAACUCCCUGGGCAUGUUUCUGCCUACCCAGACAUCCUCUCCUUGGAGAACCGGUGCCUGGCCAUGCUUCCUGCUCUGAAGACCACGGAGAAACCACAUGGACAUGUAUCUGCCCACCCAAACAUCCUCUCCUUGGAGAACCAGUGCCUGGUCAUGCUUCCUGAUCUGAAGACCAUGGAGAAACCACAUGGACAUGUAUCUGCCCACCCAGACAUCCUCUUCUUGGAGAACUGGUGCCUGGCCAUGCUUCCUGAUCUGAAGACCAUGGAGAAACCACAUGGACAUGUAUCUGCCCACCCAGACAUCCUCUCCUUGGAGAACCGGUGCCUGGCCAUGCUUCCUGAUCUGAAGACCAUGGAGAAACCACAUGGACAUGUAUCUGCCCACCCAGACAUCCUCUCCUUGGAGAACCGGUGCCUGGCCACCCUCCCCAGUCUAAAGAGCACUGUGUCUGCCAGCCCCUUGCUCCACCAUCUCCAGAUAUCUCACGUGAGGCAAGCUGAUUUGUACAGCCUGAACUCCAGCAAUUGCCGGCUCUCUGAGCCUCCAACUCGGAGGCUGGCCACAGGGACAGUUCAGGCAGCAGCUUCGGGUCGUCAGUUCUAUUCAGAAAAAGAGAAAAAACCAGAAGACAAGGAAGGGGCCCCCAUUCCUUUUUAUAAUCUGAGCUUAGGAGAGGAGGAGGAGGUAGAGGAGCUGGCCCUGAAGCUUACAUCUGGAGUCUCUGAAUCUUGUCCUGUGCCUGCUGACCACAUCCUUCAGGAAAAGAAGAUGUCUCUAAUGAGCUUGCUGUGCUCUACUCUGGCCUCAGAUGUAAACAUGAAAGAUGCAGCUGACCCCACUGGGGCUUCCAUCCUUGAAGUCUGCAGUGAACUUGCCCCCUUGGAGCCUGAGUUUAUCCUCAAGGCAUCUUUGUACGCCAGGCAGCAGCUGAACGUCCGAGAUGUGGCCAACAAGGUCUUGGCCAUUGCUGCCUUCUUGCCAGUCUGCCGCCCCCACCUGCGACGGUACUUCUGUGCCAUCGUCCAGCUGCCUUCUGAUUGGAUCCAGGUAGCUGAGUUCUACCAGAGCCUGGCUGAAGGAGACAAGAACAAGACGGUGUCCCUGCCGGCCUGCCUCCGUGCUGCUAUGACUGACAAAUUUGCCCAGUUUGAUGAGUACCAGCUGGCUAAGUACAACCCUCGGAAGCACCGGGCCAAGAGACGCCCCCACCGGCCUCCCUGCCCUCCAAAGACGGGGGGAUAUCAAUUUUCUAAGACAGAUUUUCCAAAGCACCUUUGGUUUCUUCAAGAUCAACAGAUAAAGUUCGAGAAUUCCUACAAUGCAGUAGCAGAGAAAAAGAAUCAGCCAAGGUUCACACUGAAGAAGUUGGUACAACGAUUGCAUAUCCGGGAGCCUGCCCAGCACGUCCAAGCCCUUUUGGGCUACAGAUACCCCUCCAACCUACAGCUUUUUUCCCGAAGUCACCUCCCCGGGCCAUGGGAUUCCAGCAGAGCUGGGAAGAGGAUGAAGCUUCCUAGGCCAGAGACCUGGGAGCGGGCACUGAGCCUGCGUGGGAACAAAGCUUCUGUCUGGGAGGAACUCAUUGAAAAUGGGAAGCUUCCCUUCAUGGCCAUGCUUCGGAACCUGUGCAACCUGCUUCGAGUUGGAAUCAGUGCCCGCCACCAUGAGCUCAUUCUCCAGAGACUCCAGCACGCGAAGUCGGUGAUCCACAGUCGGCAGUUUCCAUUCAGGUUCCUUAAUGCCCAUGAUUCCAUCAAUAACCUUGAGGCUCAACUCAGAAAAAACGCGUUGUCCUUUCCUUCUAAUACACAACUGAUGAGGAAGAUAAUAACUAGAAACUUAAGAAAUAGCAGGAGGCGUUCUGUUCCGAGGACACUUCCCAACUUCAGUCGUCGGGAUCUUCGGAUAGCAAUGAGGAUACCUGUGAUGUAUGAGCAGCUGAAGUGGGAGAAGUUGAAAAUACACAAGGCCAGACAGUGGAAAUAUGACAGUGAGAUGCUAAACCGGUAUCGACAGGCCUUGGAGACAGCUGUGAACCUCUCUGUGAAGCACAGCCUGCCCCCACUGCCAGGCCGCACCCUCUUGGUCUAUCUGACAGAUGCCUGUGCAGACAAGCUCUGUCCCAAGAGCAACUCACAAGGGCCCCCCCUGAACUAUGUGCUGCUGUUGAUUGGAAUGAUGGUUGCGAGGGCGGAGCAGGCGGAUCUCUUGCUGUGCGGAAGUGGCACCCCGAAGACUGUGGUGCUUAAGGCAGAAGAAGGUAUCCUGAAGACUGCCAUCGAGCUCCAGGCCCAAGUUCAGGAUUUGGUUGAAGAGGAUGAAUGGCUCCUGGAUAAUUUUGGGAAAUACCUGCUGUCUCUGGCUGUCCAAAGGGUUCCUGUGGACAGGGUCAUCCUCUUUGGCCAAAGAAUGCAUGAGAAAAUGAUAAAUGCGGCCAAACACAUUUUCUGGCAGCAUGUGAAUUCCAAGUGCCUCUUUGUUGGUGUUCUCCUAAGAAAGAACAUAUACAUAUCACCAGAUUCAAAUCCCAGCGAUGUGACACUAUCGGGCUGUACUGAUGGGAUACUGAAGUUCAUUGCAGAGCGUGGAGCCUCCCGUCUUCUGGAACAUGUUGAUCAAAUGGACAAGAUAUUCAAGAUUCCACCAGCACCAGGAAAAACAGGGGGCAAGUCUCUCCGGCCACUGGAAGAGGAUACUCCAUCCCCCUUGGCUCCGGUUUCCCAGCAAGGGUGGCGCAGCGUCCGGCUUUUCAUUUCAUCCACCUUCCGAGACAUGCAUGGGGAGCGGGACCUGCUGCUGCGGUCCGUGCUGCCAGCACUGCAGGCGCGGGCGGCCCCGCACCGCAUCAGCCUUCACGGCAUCGACCUGCGCUGGGGCGUCACUGAGGAGGAGACCCGUAGGAACAGACAGCUGGAAGUGUGCCUCGGGGAGGUGGAGAACGCGCAGCUGUUCGUGGGGAUUCUGGGUUCCCGGUACGGCUACGUUCCGCCCAGCUACAACCUCCCUGACCACCCGCACUUCCGCUGGGCCCAGCAGUACCCUUCAGGGCGCUCUGUGACAGAGAUGGAGGUGAUGCAGUUCCUGAAUCGGGACCAACGCCUGCAGCCUUCUGCCCCAGGUCUCAUCUACUUCCGGGAUUCCAGCUUCCUCAGCUCUGUGCCAGAUGCCUGGAAAUCUGACUUUGUUUCUGAGUCUGAAGAGGCUGCACAUCGGGUCUCAGAACUGAAGAGCUACCUGAGCAGACAGAAAGGGAUUACCUGCCGCAGAUACCCCUGUGAGUGGGGGGGUGUAGCAGCUGGCCGGCCCUAUGUUGGGGGGCUGGAGGAGUUUGGGCAGUUGGUUCUCCAGGAUGUGUGGGAUAUGAUCCAGAAGCUUCACCUGCAGCCUGGAGCCCAGCUGGAGCAGCCAGUGUCCCCCCCAGAUGAUGACUUGGUCCAAGCCACGUUCCAGCAGCUACAGAAGCCACCGAGUCCUGCCCGACCACGCCUUCUCCAGGACACAGUACAGCAGCUGAUGCUGCACCACGGGAGGCUGAGCCUAGUGACUGGGCAGUCGGGCCAGGGCAAGACAGCUUUCCUGGCAUCCCUUGUAUCAGCCCUGCAGGCUCCUGAUGGGGCCAAGGUGGCCCCCUCAGUCUUCUUCCACUUUUCAGGGGCUCGCCCUGACCAGGGUCUUGCCCUCACCUUGCUCAGACGCCUCUGUACCUACCUGCAUCGACAACUGAAAGAGCUGAGCGCUCUCCCCAACACCUACCGAGGCCUGGUGUGGGAGCUGCAGCAGAGGCUGCUGCCCAAGUCUGCACAGUGCCUGCAACCUGGGCAGACCCUGGUCCUGAUUGUCGAUGGGGCUGACAGGUUGGUGGACCAGAAUGGGCAGCUGAUCUCAGACUGGAUCCCAAAGAACAUUCCCCGGUGGGUACAGCUGGUGCUGAGUGUGUCUAGUGACUCGGGCCUGGGAGAGAACCUUGAGCAGAGCCAGGGUGCCCAGGUGGUGGCCCUGGGACCUCUGGAGCCAUCUGCCCGGGCCCGGCUGGUGAGAGAGGAGCUGGCUCUGUACGGGAAGCGGCUGGAGGAGACGCCUUUUAACAACCAGAUGCAGCUGCUGCUGGUGAAGCGGGGCUCCGGCCUGCCGCUCUACCUGCGCCUGGUCACCGAUCACCUGCGCCUCUUCACGCUGUACGAGCAGGUGUCUGAGAGACUCCGGACCCUGCCUGCCACGGUGCCCCUGCUGCUGCAGCACAUCCUGAGCACCCUGGAGCAAGAGCAUGGGACCGACGUCCUUCCCCAUGCCCUGGCUGCCCUUGAGGUCACACGCAGUGGUCUGACUGUGGACCAGCUGCAUGGAGUGCUGAGUGCAUGGCGGACACUGCCCAGGGGAACUAAGGUCUGGGAAGAAGCAGUGGCUGCUGGUAACAGUAGAGACCCCUACCCCAUGGGCCCGUUUGCCUACCUCGUCCAGAGUCUGCGCAGUUUGCUAGGGGAGGGCCCUCUGGAGCGCCCUGGUGCCCGGCUCUGCCUUCCUGAUGGGUCCCUGAGAACAGCAGCUAAACGUCGCUAUGGGAAGAGGCUGGGGUUGGAGGACACAGCACACAUCCUGAUCGCAGCUCAGCUCUGGAAGACAUGUGACCCUGAUGCCUCAGGCACCUUCCGAAGUUGCCCUCCUGAGGCUCUGGGAGACCUGCCUUACCACCUGCUCCAGAGUGGGAACUUUGGCCUUCUUUCGAAGUUCCUCACCAAUCUCCACGUGGUGGCUGCACACCUGGAAUUGGGUCUGGUCUCUCGGCUCUUAGAGGCCCAUGCCCUCUAUGCUUCUUCAGUCCCCAAAGAGAAAGAACAAGAGCUCCCUGGGGCUGACGUCGCUGUGUUUCGUACCUUCCUGAGGCAGCAGGCUUCAAUCUUCAGCCAGUACCCCCUCCUCCUGCUUCAGCAGGCAGCCAACCAGCCCCUGGACUCGCCUCUCUGCUGCCAGGCCCCCCUGCUCUCCCAGCGGUGGCACCUCCAGCACACGCUACGAUGGCUUAAUAAACCCCAGACCAUGGGGGAUCAGCAAAGCUCCAGCCUGUCUCUGGCAAUUUCCUCACUCCCCACUGCCGUGGCCUUCUCCCGCAAUGGGCAAAGAGCAGCUGUGGGCACUGCCAGUGGGACAGUUUACUUGUUGGACCUAAGAACUUGGCAGGAGGAGAAAUCUGUGGUGAGUGGAUGUGAUGGAAUCUCCACCUGUUCAUUCCUCUCGGACAACGCGCUCUUUCUUACUGCCUUUGACGGGCUCCUAGAGCUCUGGGACCUGCAGCACGGUUGUCGGGUGCUCCAGACCAAGGCUCACCAGUACCAAAUCACUGGCUGCUGCCUCAGCCCAGACCACCGGCUGCUGGCCACUGUGUGCCUGGGUGGAUGCCUAAAGCUGUGGGACACAGUCCGUGGGCAGCUGGCCUUCCAGCACACCUGUCCCAAGUCCCUGAACUGUGUUGCCUUCCACCCAGAAGGACAGGUAGUAGCUACAGGCAGCUGGAAUGGCAGCUUCAGCUUCUUCCAGGUGGAUGGGCUCAAAGUCACCAAGGAACUCGGGGCCACAGGAGCCUCUGUCCGUACCUUGGCCUUCAGUGUGCCUGGGCGGGUGGUGGCUGUAGGCCGGCUGGAUGGGACGGUGGAGCUGUGGGCCUGGCAAGAGGGGGCACGACUGGCUGCCUUCCCUGCCCACCAUGGCUUUGUCACUGCUGCACUUUUCCAGCAUGAGGGGGGCCAGUUACUGACGGCUGGAGAGGACGGCAAGAUUCAGGUGUGGUCAGGAUCUCUGGGUCGGCCCCGUGGGUGCCUGGGUUCCCCUUCCCUCUCUCCUGCCCUCUCUGUGGCUCUCAGCCCAGAUGGUGAUCAGGUGGCCGUUGGGUACCGAGCAGAUGGCAUUAGAAUCUACAGAAUCUCUUCAGGUCCCCAAGAGGCUCAUUGUCAAGCACUGGAUGUGGCAGUGUCCGCCCUGGCCUGGCUAAGCCCCAGGGUGUUAGUGAGUGGUGCAGAAGAUGGGUCCCUGCAGGGCUGGGUGCUCAAGCAACACUCCCUUCAGUCUCUCUGGCUCCUGUCCAGGUACCAGAAGCCUGUCCUGGGACUGGCCACCUCCCAGGAGCUCUUGGCUUCUGCCUCAGAGGACUUCACGGUACGGCUGUGGCCGAAGCAGUUGCUGAUGCUGUCACACGAGGCCGAACACUUUCCCCGUGGUACUGAGCUCCGGGGACAUGAGGGCCCUGUGAGCUGCUGCAGCUUCAGCCCUGAUGGAGAAAGCCUGGCCACUGGGGGCAGGGAUCGGAGUCUCCUCUGCUGGGACGUGAGGACACCCAAAGCCCCUGUUUUGAUUCGCUCCUUCCCUUCCUGUCACCGUGACUGGGUCACUGGCUGUGCCUGGACCAAAGACAACCUACUGAUCUCCUGUUCCAGUGAUGGUUCUCUGGGGCUCUGGGACCCACAGUCAGGACAGCGGCUUGGUCAGUUCCUGGGUCAUCAGAGUGCUGUGAGCGCCGUGGUGGCCGUGGAGGAGCACGUGGUGUCUGUGGGCCGGGAUGGGACCUUGAAAGUGUGGGACCAGCAGGGCGUGGAGCUGACCAGCAUCCCUGCUCACUCAGGACCCGUCAGCCACUGUGCAGCGGCCCUGGAGCCCCGUGCAGCUGGACAGGCUGGGGCAGAGCUUCUGGUGGUGACUGCUGGACUGGAUGGGGCCACACGGUUGUGGCAUCCACUCUUGGUGUACCAAACACACACCCUCCUGGGACAUAGUGGCUCAGUCAACGCAGCUGCUGUUUCAGAAACCUCAGGCCUCCUGCUGUCCACCUCAGAGGAUGGCUCUGUACGGCUCUGGCAGGUUCCUAAGGAAGCAGAUGACACAUGUAAACCGAGGAGUUCUGCAGCCAUCACUGCUGUGGCCUGGGCACCGGAUGGUUCCGUGGUGGUAUCUGGAGAUCAAGCUGGGGAACUAAUCUUGUGGCAGGAAGCUAAGGCCGUGGCCACAGCACAGGCUCCAGGCCGCAUCAGUGCUCUGAUCUGGUACUCGGCACGCACCUUCUUUGCUCUCAGCGCUGAUGAAAAAAUCAGCGAGUGGCAAGUGGAACUGCAGAAGGGUUCAUCACCCAGAAAUUUCAGUCUCCACCUGAACCGAAUCCUGCAGGAGGACUUAGGGGUGCUGACAGGUCUGGGCCUGGCCCCUGAUGGUCACGCUCUCAUCUUAGCCAAAGCGGACUUGGAAUUACUGCACAUGAAGCCAGGGGAUGCUCCAUCUGUAAUCUGGAAGAGCUAUGCAGAACAUCAUGUGAUGAUGUCUACUCACAAGGAGUAUGGUGUAUUUGUCCUGCAGCCUAGGGCCCCUGAAGUUCUUUUUUUCUUGAGGCAAAAACAAUCAGGAGAGUUUGAAGAGAGCCUGGACUUUGAUCUGAACUUAGAGAAUCCUAGUGGGACCCUAAUAUCGAUAACUCAGGCCAAACCUGAAUCUGAGUCCUCAUUUUUGUGUGCCAGCUCUGAUGGGAUGCUCUGGAAACUGGCCAAAUGCAGCCCGGAAGGAGAAUGGACCACUGGUAACAUCUGGCAGGAAAAAGUAAAAAUUCCUGAAACCCAGUCUCCAGGGAAAGACCCAUCAAAAUGCUUGGAGUCAGAGUCCAGCAUUGAUAGCUGCCUACCAACCCCACAACUAAAGACACGGCAGCGUAGGAAGAUUCACUCGGGCUCUGUCACAGCCCUCCAUGUACUGCCUGAGUUGCUGGUGACAGCUUCAAAGGACAGAGAUGUUAAACUGUGGGAGAGACCUAACAUGCAGCUGCUGGGCCUGUUCCGAUGCGAAGGGGCAGUGAGCUGCCUGGAACCUUGGCUGGGUCCUAACUCUGCCCUGCAGCUCGCCGUGGGAGACGUGCAGGGCAAUGUGUACUUCCUGUCCUGGGAAUGAAGAUACACUACUCAGGGGAAAGGCGAUACCACUUGCUCUAGAGAUGCAAAGCUCGAAGAUACAAGUAGCUACUUUUUUUUUUUUUACUUUCAUAAUAAUUGUAAAAAUAAAGUAUCAGAAAAUCUCAA